AUGAAGUGCUUCGUCAUAGUAGACGCCCAAAACGACUUCCUCCCCGGAGGGUCGUUUAACUCCCGAGAUGAUUACUUAAACGCACUGAACAAAAUUAACGCCAUAAGACUAAGGAUACACAACUGCACAGAAAAGGACCUAAUCAAAUUAGGCAACUGCAAACAAAUGAUGCAGUACCAGCCGGAUAAGUUGCUAAAGGAGAAUAUCGUCCAGUAUCACCAGUGCAGCAAUGAUAUUGAUGAUGAGCAGAAGGAAGGAGACAUUCUUCUCUUUCCAUGGGACGACAGGAUGAUGACAAAUUGCCCCACUGGAUUGAGCUCCCCAAACGUCUGCAACGGAUUGCAGAAGCAACCUGCACAGGGCACAGUGAACGGUGUGGAGGGCAUGUCCAAUGACCCUCACAGGGGGUUCUCGCUCAUGGGCGAAGACACCGCAGGAAGCGACGCGCACGUGUAUAAUCACCACCCGAAUGGAAGUCGCCCCACGCCGGAAGCAAACAACGUAGCAUUACUAAACGGAACCGAUGAAAGGACCAACGGGGGAAUUGCAAAUUUUGCUCUGAACAUAUUGUCUGUUGACUACCAUCCGCAGUAUCAUAUUUCCUUUGCAGAAACACACAGAAUUGUGUUUGAGAAGAUAAACAAAAAUAGAGGCAUCAAAAAGAGUAGCGUGAAGAUGAAUGGGCAUUCGGUACCCCAAGUAUCGACCCACGCCCAAGUCAAUAGGUUAGCAGGAUAUGAAGAAGAAGCCGAAGGUGUGCUUGGCGGUGAUCAUGGGGACGAAGGUGUUUUUGGCGAUGAUCAUGGAGAUGACCAUGCUGACGAUGGUGAUGGAGGGAUCAAGCGUCCCCUACAGGCGGACCUCCUCCAAUCUGCCUUUCUAGAAAAAAAUAAAAUUUCCAACCUGACUGAUGUGAUGAAGAACCUAGCCAAUAUCAAAUCGACGAGAUACAUCUACAAGAAUGUCAAUUCCGUUAGUGACAUAAAGGAGUACAGCAAGCUAAACUUUCUGAACGAAUCGAUCGAUGUAUGGCCAGUUCACUGUGUGCGGAAAACCCCGGGGUGCAAGAUCAACUCGAAUCUUAUUAGGCACCUUAACGACAUUGUAAUUAAGAAGGCCGACACAGAGAACCACGACAGUCACACUAUUUUCGAAAACAGGGAGAUCAACGAGAAGAUUUUAAAACUGCUCAAAGGAGUGAGCAUAAAAUCUGUUUACAUCUCCGGGUUCAUAUUCGAGUAUUGCGUAAAGGAAACUGCUUUGUCGUUUUUUAAUCUCGGGUUCGACACCUACAUUGUGGAGGACGCAACGGCAUACUUGUUCGGGCGGGAGGAAGAUAAGGAUGACUUGAAGAAGAAGGGCAUCAAGUUUGUGAAUUCGUCCACCAUGUUCGAUUGA